UCUCUUUUCUCAUUGUUCUGUUAGUGAGUUUUGUGCCUUUGUUGUGUACUUAUUUUUUAAGGUGAAACUGAAUUCUAAUGACAUUAAGUUACUUGGUAAUUGUGUUGAGGGUGUAUGUGCUUUCAUUUGUUUUACAGGUUAAGUUCUAGACAUAGAGGAAAAUUUGUUGAUCCUAAUAUACUUUACAAAAAUUUUGAUUUUUUCUUUCUUUCUUCUAUGUUCUUUUUUGGGCAUGCAAUUGAGUUCAAGAUGAAAAUUUGGCAUGGUGGAUUUAUUUAGCUUUUAGCUCAGCUGUGGUUUGCAUCAUAAUGCAUGGAUUUGAAAGGUAGAUUUGGAGUGUUUGCUGUAUUUGGAGAAGUAGAGAAGAAAAAUGCAUGGGGUGCGCUCUUUGAUGUAGAGGAUCCAAGAUCUAAAGUCCCACAGUAUAAAGGGAAGUUUUUGGAUGUAUAUCAAGCCGUAGAAGUGGCUAGGUAUGAUAUUCAGUACUGUGAUUGGCGAGCUCGGCAAGAUGUGCUUACCAUCAUGCUCCUCCAUGAAAAGGUGGUUGAAGUUCUUAAUCCUCUAGCUCGUGAAUUUAAGUCAAUUGGCACCAUGAAAAAGGAGCUAGCUGAGUUGCAGGGAGAAUUAACAGAAGCACACAGACAGGUCCAUAUAUCUGAAGCAAGGGUUUCCACUGCUUUAGAUAAACUAGCUUACAUGGAAGAAUUGGUAAAUGAUAGGCUGUUGCAAGACAGAAGCACAGCUGAAGUUGCUCAGACAUCCUUGUCUCCUAGUACUUCUGCUAAUUCUGUAAAUACUGAAAAGAGAAAGCGGCCACGAAAAACCUUGAAUGUAUCAGGUCCAGUUCAGUCAUACCAUCCGCACUUGAAGAAUUUUUGGUAUCCUGUUGCUUUCUCUAAUGACCUAAACGAUGAUACCAUGAUCCCAAUAGAAUGUUUUGAGGAACCGUGGGUUAUCUUUAGAGGGGAAGAUGGGAAACCUGGAUGUGUCCAGAAUACCUGUGCACACAGAGCAUGUCCUCUGCACCUUGGUUCUGUAAAUGAGGGUCGUAUCCAAUGCCCCUACCAUGGUUGGGAAUAUACCACUGAUGGAAAAUGCGAGAAAAUGCCAUCUACUCGAUUGCUAAAUGUGAAGAUAAAGUCAGUUCCAUGUUUUGAGAAAGAGGGUAUGAUCUGGAUUUGGCCUGGCAAUGAGCCCCCAAAAGCCACACUUCCAUCUUUACUACCUCCUUCUGGAUUCGAAAUCCAUGCUGAGAUUGUCAUGGAACUUCCAAUUGAACAUGGGUUACUUUUGGACAACCUUUUGGAUCUUGCACAUGCCCCUUUUACUCACACUUCAACUUUCGCUAAGGGAUGGAGUGUUCCCAGCUUGGUGAAAUUUUUGACACCUUCAUCUGGUCUGCAAGGAUACUGGGAUCCCUAUCCAAUUGAUAUGGAGUUUCGACCCCCUUGCAUGGUUCUAUCAACCAUUGGAAUUUCAAAACCUGGGAAAUUGGAGGGACAAAGCACCAAUCAGUGUGCAACGCACCUGCACCAACUUCAUGUCUGCUUACCAUCUUCAAAACAAAAAACAAGAUUGCUAUACAGAAUGUCACUGGAUUUUGCUCCUUUGCUUAAGCAUAUACCUUUUAUGCAAUAUCUAUGGAAGCAUUUUGCAGAACAGGUUUUAAACGAGGAUCUACGGCUAGUGCUUGGGCAGCAAGAGCGGAUGAACAGAGGUGAAAAUGUGUGGAAUUUCCCAGUAUCCUAUGACAAGCUUGGAGUGAGGUACAGGCUGUGGAGAGAUGCAUUGGAGGGAGGAGCUAAGCAACUACCCUUUCAGCAAAUAGAAUUGAAUACAGAUUGAACACUGCUUUUUAUCCCACUCAGUAAUGCUUCUUAGAUCCAAUAAGAGCAUUUUUUUCUUAACUCAGAACUCUUGGACCACCUUGCAUUACAAGGACCGGUUACCAGAUUAGCUGCUACGAGGCCAUCCGGGAACUCUUAUAUAGUGAAACAGAGAUUGCCCCUUUGUAAAAUGAUAGGAUUCUACCCUUUUUUGUCUUUAACUUUCUGUGUACAGUAUCAAAGUCAUUUUUCCCGUGUGAUAAAUUCACCAUUUCAGCUGGUGCCUUAACCUCACCCUUGAUUAAAGGGGUUUCUUUAUUGACACAAUCCAAUGUUACUUCAGAAUUCCUGACUA